AUGGCGACCUGCGAGGACAAACAGACACGUUUGGAGGUGGCCAAGGAUGUCCGACAGCGCAGCCAGUGCCAGCUUGAGGCGCGCAAGAAGAGGAGACAAGCAGGGUCAGAGAGCAAGGCACAGACGACCAGUCACGACCUACAGCUGAAUCCAGUCAUCCCGCCGCUCGACUCGGACAAGAACAGCAAGGACCCACUCUACAUCGGCCUGCCCAACUAUGGGAACACCUGCUAUCAAAACGCCACCCUGCAAUCCCUGCUGGGUCUCCAACCGUUCCAGAGUGAGAUGGUGUCCCUGAUCUCGGGCCCGGUCGAAAGCGGCCAGUGCCGCACGCUGUGUGGCGUUGCCAAACUGAUGGAUCUUCGCCAGAAGGCGCUCAGCAAAUUAGUCUUCAGCCACCUGAAUGACCUGCGCGAUGUUUUCGCCGACAUCGAUCCGGCGUUUCGAGGCACCGAGAUGCAGGACGCCAACGAGUUCCUGUUGCGCCUGCUGGACACAAUGAAAGACGAAGUCGACGCUCGACGAUCGACAGACAACCCGGUCCGCGACAACUUCCAUUACCAGACCCUCGAGAGUUACAGGUGCACAAAGUGUCAUGAGACAGUUCUGAAGCGCCAAGAGAACAUCAGCUGGUUUGUGAGCGUACCGCACCACCAGGGCACCGAGGCGCCCACGCUGCAGGACGCGCUGCGGCUGAGCAUGCGACCCGACCGGCGCCACCUGCUCUGUCAGCACUGCUGCCACGAUGAGUGUUACGUCACCACCAAGAUAAGUCAGCUUCCCAGGACACUGAUCCUCCAACUGAACCGGUGUGUCUUUCUGGGGGAUGAGGCGAAGAAGAUCCGGACCAAACUGCAGGUGUUGGACGCCGCCAACUCAUACUCGAAGCCGGGGCGGACCCGUGAGGACAAGGGUCGCGAGCUCCAUGUUAUCAGGAGGUCACAGGAGAGAGAGCCGGCCGGCGCCGUGGAACAGGUGCACCUUUCAGAGUUUUGCGUCCAGGAAGAUCAGUCGCUCCGUCCCGUCGACCUGGUCGGCGACUCUACGUAUCGGCUGGUGGGCGUCAUCAGCCACUACGGCGGCACCGCGCACUCGGGACACUAUGUGUCUGACGUGUACAGUGUAGGACGGGACAUGUGGUUCCAUUACGACGACCAGCGAGUCAGCUGCGUGGACGAGGCGUACGUCCUGAAUGAAGGUCACCAACGGGACGGUUAUACCUUCUUUUACCUCCACAAGGAGCUCUGCAGCCAGAUAGUCAGGAUGGAGGGUGGGGGACUGUAA